AAUUAAAAAGACAAUAUUCACUCAAUGCUGCAAUAUAUUUAUAUUAAGUUAAUAUAGAGUUAACUAAGGCAACUAAUAAUAUACAACAAGAAGGGUUUAUACCAAAUUAAAUAAACAACAAGUACGAGAAAACGGCAACAAAAUGCGCUUCACUUACAAUCAGUAUAGAUAUUACGAGUCCGGCUAUCGUAUUCCAUCCAAAAUGCACAACCUGAGCCAUCAUCACGGCGGCAAUGGCAAUGGCAGUGCUGGCAAGAUCAACAGCAACAACAGCAGCAACAGCAACAACGCCAACAGCAACAACCAUCACAACAACCACCAUCACAACAACAACAGCAACAACAACAACAGCAACAAUACAAACACAAAUGCAUAUCAACAUCAUUACAAAACCAAUUUUGGCAUGCGCAUGACCAUGUCCACAAACUCAACGAUGAGUCCGCGGAUACAUCGCAAAGGCUUUCGGAUACCUUCGAAAAGACAGCCUGGCAAGGGACUGCCGGGUAAACUGCACACCAUAGCCCGGACGGGACCGGGAAAACUUGUGCCUGGCAAGCGAAUACCACAGCGACCGCAUCCGCCGCCCUGCGACAAUUCGAAUGACAGCGGUCUGGGAUUUGAUCAGCACACGGAGCUGCGCAAUGGUGCGGCUGCUGUUGCUGCUGAUGCCAGGAGCAAUGGUGGCAGCGCCUCGGGCAGUGGGCAGCACACAAAUCUGUUGGUGAACAGCGCGUUGAACAACAGCGUGGCCGUCACCAACUCGCUGCAACAGCAUCAUCAGCACCAGCAGCAGCAGCAGCAACAGCAACAGCAGCAACAUCAUCAGCAACCGCAGCAACAUUCACCGCAGCAGCAUUUAAUACGCGCGAUACCCGUUUCAAGAUUCAUUGGAACGCGCGCCGUAACCCGCGUGGCCAACAAAAGGCAACCAGCGACACCAUUGAACAGCAUCGCCAGCUCCAAUGAUGGCCAUGUCCAGCUAGAGAUUGUCUCCCAGCCGGAGCAACAGCAUCGCGCCCGUUACCAGACCGAGGGUAGCCGCGGCGCAGUCAAGGAUCGCAGCGGCAACGGUUUCCCCAUUGUCCGGCUAACCGGCUAUGAAAAGUCAGCCGUGCUCCAGGUGUUCAUUGGCACGGACAUUGGACGCGUCGCACCGCAUAUGUUCUAUCAGGCGUGCAAGGUGGCUGGCAAGAAUUCAACGCAGUGCAACGAGAAGAAGGUCGACGGCACCAUGGUCAUUGAGAUUGAUUUCAAGCCCGAAACGGACAUGACCAUCACCUGCGAUUGCGUUGGCAUCCUUAAGGAACGCAAUGUCGAUGUGGAGCACCGUUUCCCGGAGCACCUAGCACAGAAGAAUAAGAAGAAGUCAACACGUUGUCGCAUGGUCUUUCGCACGCAGCUAACACGCGACGAUGGCAGCACUGAGACGCUGCAGGUCUGCUCCAAUCCCAUCAUAUGCACUCAGCCACCAGGCGUACCAGAGAUCUGUAAAAAAUCACUCAACUCUUGCCCCGUCGAUGGCGGUCUGGAGCUGUUCAUCAUUGGAAAGAACUUUUUGAAGGACACGCACGUUGUGUUCCAGGAGACCUACGACAGUGUCAAUGCCGAUGAUCCGGCAGCCGAGAUAGUAGGCCAUCAGCAGCUGAUCGGUGGAACGGCAGCGCUUUGGGAACAGAGCGUGUUGCCCGACAAGGAGUAUUUGCAUCAGACACAUUUGAUCUGCACAGUGCCGCCAUAUCAGCAUCAGAAUCUGCUAAAGCCGGUCAGCGUUCAGGUGUCAAUCGUCUCGAGCGGCAAGAAGAGCGAGCCGCACACCUUCACCUACACCCCCAAGGGCAGCUAUACGACUCUAGCGGCGGCCAGCACGUUAAGUAGCACAAUGCAUAGCCAAGAUGUGGCCAACUUCAUGGACACGAGCAACGCGCCCGCCAACAACUCCGCCUGGGUGGGCAACAAUGGCAGCAGCAAUGCCGCCGCCGUUGUCGCCGCGGGCGGGAACGUUGUGGAAACGAAACAUGAACUGGAUUUGGGCAUGAUGCCGCCACCGAUCACGACACAGAUACCGAUGGGACUGCGCCGCUCAUCGCUGUCCGGGGCGACGCCCAUGAUAACGGAUCAGCAGCUGGUGCAUCUGAGCAGCGCGGAUGCGGCACUGAAGAGCGAGCUGCUGGACGAGAACAGCUCGCUCAGCCCCCAUACAGCCGAAGCGCUCCACUCGCCGGAGGCACUCAAUCCGUGCAGCCCCAAUGCGCUGCAGUAUCAUGCGCAUUAUGCGCGCAAGGCCAGCCUGGACACGAUCAUGUACGAUCAGUCGAAUAGUAUGCCCGGCUUUCCAGUGCCCGCUGCGUCAACGGUGGAACUGGAUCCCGCCUCCGCGGUCGCUGUGGCCGUUGGCCUGGCCGUCAAGCACGAAAUUGUCCAGCAUGUGGUGCAGCAGCAGCAGCAGCAACAACAGCAGCAACAGCAGCAGCAGCAGCAGCAACAGCAGCAGCAGUCGGCAGCAAAUGUGCACAAGUUCAUUGAUGAUCUGACCAAGUCCACGUCUGUGGUCAACAGCAAUGGCACCAGUGAGCCGGCGCUGUUCACCGGCUCGUCGGUCAUUGACCACGCCCUCACGGAUAUACUGCAACAGAAGGUGGGCGUACUGACGCACACACACCCGCACACGCAUACGCACGGACAUGGACACGGACACACAACGGCGACAGCUACGCCCAGCGUGCUGAAGCGAAGCCUCUCCAUCAGCAGCAACAACUCCAACUCGAGCUCGCUGUCGGGCAGCGAAACAUCACCAAAUAGCUCGCCGCUAACUCAGGACAUAAUCCUUAACUCGGAGCCGGCGGCCGCAUUGGGCGCCGGCCUGCCAUUGCAGCAAUUGGCAGCGGUGCCAGCUGCGGCUGCGGCUGCUGCUGCUGUGGCCAAUGCCGGCGGCGCUUUGUCCACGGACAUCAUCAUGAAUCCGGCUGUGUCGCCGUCAACCAUACUCUGUUCGGCAAAUGGCGCCGCCACCGCCGUGGUGGCCAACAUAUUGGCGCCCCAUCAGGUGACCAUGGCCAAUUCGAUACUGAACGACAUUGCCAUGCAGGCGGAGCCGACGCGUCAGGAUGCAGCUGUUGCUGCCUUGGCGCUAAGCAACAUUAUGAUGAGUCCGCCGAAUGCUGCCGCCGGCGUUGAUGUCGGUGACACCCUGCCGCCGACGCCCGCUGUCAUGCAGCCGGAGGUGGCUGCCACAGCCACCUCGACGGCCGUUAGCAACAUGAUAAUAAAGGCUGCUGCUGAUUUUAUAACUACACAAGAGCAGGAACAGCAUCAUUAUCACCAGCAGCAGCAGCAGCAGCAACAACAGCAACAACAACAGCAGCAACAGCAACAGCAGCAUGCGCAUGCCCAUUCGCACUCACAUCCGCAUCCGCAUCCACAUCCACAUCCACAUCCUCUCCCACAUCCGCAACAGCAGCAGCAGCAGGCAGCAAAUGCAGCCGCCACUGGCGGAGAUCCGCUAGUCAAUCUGCUGUUGAACCACACCACAUCGGAAACAGUCGCCGUGGAGGCAGCCACCGCUGCCGCCGUCGCCGCCGGCUUUCCAGCACUGUCAGCUGUCCACCUGCCCGUUGUGCCGCCCACACCACAAGAAUCUCUCAUUGUUGCGCUGGCCACUGAGAACGCAUUGCAAAAGUCUGUGGCCACUGCGGCCGUUACCACCAAUGGAGCUGUGAUGACACAGCAGGCAUCGGCGCCCAGCAGCGCCGGCAGCAUUCUGCCAGCCGCCGUUGGCGCCGUCGCUGCGGCCGCCGCAGUCGCUGUGCAGCCGCCUAUACCCCAGGAGCUGACCACAAUGUCCGACCAAGAUCUAAUCAGUUACAUCAAUCCGAGCACCUUCGAUCAGCUUUAAACGGCGAUAGAUCAACAAAUUAAACUAUAGGGUUAUUUUAAUAAACUAAGGGGAAACCACACAGGCCUAAUCCUAAGCGUUAACAUAUAAAAAACACACCCACACACACACACCCACACACACACACACACACACACACACCCACACACACACACCCACACACACGCACACAGUUUAAUGUGGACCAAAUUGUUUGUAUCAUUCGGUUAGCUUAAACAAUUUUACCAACAAUGAGAAAAGUGCAAUGAAAAACACCUCUCUCUUUCACACCCACACACACACACACGCACACACACACACAUUUGUAUCGUUUUAAGCACACUUGUUAAGCUGUAGACCCUAUAGAUAUACCUUUUUUUUUGUUUUUGUUAAAUUUAAAUUGAUUUUUUGUCAACAAAAGUCAAAUUAUCUCAAAAAUGAUAACGACUGCCAUAUAAAUACAUAAAUAAAACAGAAGCAAUCGCCCCAACUAAAUAAUAAUACAUGAAAACAAAUCAACAAUUGCAGUUAACCAAUUAAAUAUACAUUUUAAAACAGAUUUUAACUAAUUUACUAUUCUAUUAAUUUUCUAUUUGCGUAUUAUUAUUUUGUUGCGUUUAUGUCCCGAAACUUUCUGAAAGUUCAAGUCUGAUUUGAUAUAC